AUGAGCGGGCCCGAUGUGCUGUUUCCGCUGCGGAACAACUUCUACCUGGGCGCAUUCCAGGCUGCCAUCAACGAAGGCACCGUGCGCAACUUGAGUGAUGCUGAUGCUGUGGAGAAAGACAGCUUCGUCUACCGCUCGUACAUUGCGCUCGGCCAGCACCAGUUGGUGAUUGAUGAAAUCAACGAUGCUGCUCCAACUGCGCUUCAAGCCGUAAAACUUCUUGCACUGUACCUGUCGGGGGGAGCUCAGAAGGACAAGGCUUUGUCUGGCUUGUCGGAGUGGUUAUCCGAUGCGGCUGUUGCGAGCAACCCUACAUUGUUGCUCAUUGCGGGCAUGAUUCACACUCACGAGCAAAACUAUAACGAAGCUCUUAAGUAUACACACGUUGGUGGCACUCUUGAUUUGUGUGCUCUGAACAUUCAGAUCUAUUUGAAGAUGCACCGCACAGACUAUGCAGAGAAACAGCUGAAAAUUAUGCAACAAAUUGAUGAAGAUCAUACCCUUACACAGCUAGCGAAUGCAUGGGUCAACCUCUCAUUGGGUGGUGCCAAGGUUCAAGAAGCAUACUAUAUCUUUCAGGAGCUGGGUGAAAAGUUUACGUGGACAGUCAUGCUGAUGAAUGGAAGUGCGGUUUGUCAAAUGCACAUGGGGCAAUUUGAGGAGGCCGAGACUCGCCUUCUGGAGGCCCUGAACAAAGAUUCGAAGGAUGCUAAUACACUUGCCAAUCUGAUAGUCUGCAGUCUACACUUGAGCAAGCCAACUGCACGUUACUUGAGUCAGUUGAAGAUUUCCCAUCCAAACCAUGUGCUUGUGGAGCGUGCUAGUGCUGGUGAAGCUGCUUUCGAGAGAGCUGUGCAAAGUGUUGCAUAAGAUGACGCACAAGUGAUUGUACAGCCAACUUGCUACUCCGUUUUUUUCUGCUGUAAGCAUCAUCAAGCCCCAGGAGAUAUGAGUUGCACUCCAGUCUGUGGCUGUUAUGCAGCUAGUCGUUAUUAUUCUGAUAUUAAAUUUUACCUGUUUCAAUUUUGUGCCUAUGCAUCAUUGAUCAGUAGUUCUUUUCAGUUUUUGAGGCUAGCACUAGCAAGUUCAUGCAUAAGUUUUAAAGUUUCUAGGUCUAUAUAGAUCAGCUAACAUUUUUACAGCUCUAGUUUGAAUCUGUCUCAUUUUAGUUACUUAAAUAUACUGGAAGCACGCAUUUUUGUGUUAUUCAGAUCCGUCUGAGAUCAGCAGCUUACUUUUGUGUGUUAUCAUAUUAAAAAGAUUUUGAUCUA